UCCAUUUCCAGCGGCCACAAGUUUCAUUUCAUUGCUCAAUCUCAAUUUCAAUGGCCUCUCUCUUGCUUGGAGCUCCCAUGGCUGCCCACUCCUUCGCUCUUUCCCCUUCUCUUUCCUUCUCCAAAUCUCAAUCCCUCACCCACGCGCCGUCGUUGUGCUCGGCUUCCGCCUCUUCACUCUCCACCUCCCUCUCCGCUCCUGCUCUCCCCUUCAUUCACUGCGGCAGAGGAGAUAAGAAAACUGCUAAAGGAAAACGUUUCAAUCACUCCUUCGGCAAUGCGAGGCCGAAGGACAAGAACAAGGGGAGAGGACCGCCGAGGGUUCCGGCGCCGCCACUUCCACCGCGAAAGGAUAAGUACGACGACGGGUCGGUGGUCAAAAUUGAGAUUGACGAAUCCUUUUCGAAUUGAGAAUGGAAAGGUUUCAAUAUGUAAUCUCUACUUGUGAGUUUCAAUCAGUAAUUGUUGCAUAUUUUGAAGUAUAUUAGUUCCGUUUGAAUUUUCCAAAUUUUUAAUUAAUUCAAUUUCUGUAUUUUAUAUAUUACCUUUUUUCGAGGUUCCAAUCAAUGCCGGUGACUGAAAUAAAAUGCAGGAUUUUAAGA